AUGAUAGUUGCACACCAGUAUUACUUCCCACAAACACCAAGACCACUCUGCAAGGAUAACUGCUGCACUGGCGUGAACCCGUGCGCGGCGGCCGCUUGCCCGGCCGCGGGCCCCGGCGCCGGCGCCGGCAGCUGGCCGCGCUGCCUGGUGUCGCCGUCGUCCGGCGAGGCGCGCUGCCUCUGCCCGCCCGCCUGCCCCGCCGCCGCGGCGCCCGUCUGCGGCUCCGACGGCCGCUCCUACCAGACGCUGUGCCACCUGCGCAGGGACGCCUGCCUGCGCCGGGACCCCGCCCUGCACGUGCUGCACGCCGGCGCGCCCUGCGGUGCGGCAGAGAAGUGCGCGUGCUCCGGCGGCGAGGUGUGCGUGCUGCGCGCCGGCCGCUCCGUCUGCGAGUGCCCCCAGUGCCCGGCCAGCGGCGGUGACGCAGACGUCGACGACGCAGAGGGCGGCCGGGGGGAGGAGGUGUGCGGCAGCGACGGCCGCCGCUACGCCAGCCCCUGCCUGCUGCGGCGCGCCGCCUGCCUCGCCGGCAACACGCUCACCCAGGCCGCUCCAGAAGUCUGCCGCACUGCUGGCGACUCAGGCCUCCGGCCGACAGAGAACGCUGGACAACUGAGGCACUGCGAAUGUGACAGCAGAGGAUCCGUGUCGGACAGCUGCGACCCUACCACUGGGCAAUGUGCGUGUAAGAGAGGCUUCACGGGGUUCAAGUGUGAGCAGUGCCAACCCGACUUCUGGGAGAGCCACGGCGCGCGAGAUGGCGUUGAUGCAUGCGGAGGAGGUUUCCAGGACCGCGACCCGCCGGAAGCAGUGGUGAAGCAGGCGAGGAAGGGCUCCAAGUCGCCGCGGCACCUGCUGCCUCGCGGCCACAAGCGCAGCCGGCAGCCCUCCGAGUCGGAGAGGGAGCCGGGCUUCAUGGCCGACCAAGCCGUCCAGGACCUGGGCUGUCAGUACCCACACUGCCUCCUUUAA